UGGGUGCGGCACUGAGGAGCCCAUCCCCUGAGAGGGCGGUGCUUGCACAUGCGCCUUGAGGAGCCCGUCCGGCUGCAGUAGUAUAGGGAUGAGACGGUUAUGCCUCUCUAGUACUGGAAGGAUAAACUCAAAGCUGUGUCUAAUAGCAACGUGAACAUUUAAUUCACAUCUGCAGCUUAAGAAGACAGCUCAGUAUAUUGCCUUAUUCUUUCCUGUCACCUCUGUGCUACUGAGGCCAACAUCAGCUGGCCUUGUCUCUGCUUGCCUCAUCUGGUAUCGGUCAUGGCUGAUGACUCUCAAAGAAACUUCCGCUCGGUCUAUUAUGAAAAAGUGGGGUUUCGUGGAGUUGAAGAAAAGAAGUCGUUGGAAAUUUUGUUAAAAGAUGACCGAUUGGAUAUUGAGAAGCUUUGCACCUUCAGUCAGAGGUUCCCUCUCCCAUCCAUGUAUCGUAUACUGGUGUGGAAGGUUCUUUUAGGAAUUAUUCCUCCUCACCAUAAAUCUCAUGCUUUGGUGAUGAACUACCGAAAGGAGCAGUACUGGGAUAUCCACCAUGCUCUUCAUGUAAUCCGUUUUAUCGAUGACUCUACCCCACAGGUAGAAGUUUUCCUCCGCAUACAUCAACUGGAAUCAGGGAAAUUGCCUCGAAACUUGGCUUAUCCUUUGGAACCAGAAGAUGAAGUGUUUCUUGCAAUUGCUAAGGCAAUGGAGGAAAUGGUGGAGGAUCCUAUAGAAUGCUAUUGGCUUGUCAGUUGCUUUGUGAAUCAGCUUAACAGCAAGCACAGAGAUUCAUUGCAACAACUACCCAAAGUCCUGGAGCAGUAUUUGAACAUUGAAGAUAGCAGGCUUCUGAUGCAUCUGAAGGCAUGUGCUGCACUGAGCAAGCUCCCUUAUGAUCUUUGGUUUAAGAAGUGUUUUGCAGGCUGUUUACCUGAGUCCAGUUUACAGAGAGUUUGGGACAAAGUAAUUAGUGGAUCCUGCAAAAUCCUCGUUUUUGUUGCUUUGGAGAUAUUGUUAACCUUUAAAAUGAAGAUAAUCGCACUGACAACUGCAGAAAAGAUCACCCAGUUUUUGGAAAACAUUCCUCAAGAGAACACUGACGCUAUUGUCAGCAAAGCUGUAGAUCUGUGGCGCACACACUGUGGGACUCCAGCACACUCGGCCUGAGGACUUUCCCCACUUAUGACAGCUUGGAAGAAAAGGCAUUUAAAAAGUUUCCUCAUACUGUUCUUCCCUCUUUGUGGUAUAACCUUCUUCAUUUCCUCUCCAAUGCAGAGAUGCUAUUAAAGCAUUUCAUGGCAUAUCAAUGUGUAAAUAUUUUUCAAUAAAUAUGGAUGGAGUGAUAAUA